UAUAUUUGUACAAGUGCACGAACUUGUAUAAACGGCGACUAUAAAACAGUUAAUAGCCUUGAUAAGCACUUCAGAAACCAUUCUUUGGUGAAAAUGUUAAAGACGUUCUUGUUUGUAGCCUGUAUUGCUAAUGUGCUUCUGGCAGACUCUAUUGAAGAAACAUGCGGAGGAGAUCCUAACGCAAGAGCCGGUUGUGGGAGUAAUUGUAACAGAAAAUGCUCCGAUAUUGGUGCAAAUGAAACAAAAGCUUGUACUUCAGCUUGCCGUGUCAACGCCUGUGAUUGCAAAGAUGGGUAUUAUCUCGAUGAAAACACCGGAAAAUGUGUGCUUCCUAACGAAUGCCCUUCAAUAUGCGGUCCCGAUGAAGUGUAUUCCGAUUGUACAAACGGCGGUUGUAAUGCGAAAAACUGUACACAAUUAGGCAGACCCGUACCUUGCGUUAAGAUUAAUCCUAAGAAUUGCAAGAAAGGUUGCAUUUGUAAAGAGGGAUACUUACGCGACGAAAACGGCUUAUGUGUUCCUGAACAAUCUUGUCCUUCAUCAUACUAACCGUCUGUGGUAUCAGCGGUGGGGGCAUCCCUUGUCUUGUGUUGUUGGGAUCGCAGGUAGCGCGUGGGCUGCGCGCCGCCACCGCCGCUGGUGAACGCCUCCCGCAGCUCUUGCUGCACCACCGCCUGCAGGGACGCGAUGUGCGGCUCUAUCGCGGGGCCUAUCCAUCUACGAGUAACAUCGACGCGCUAUUUGGUUUAAGCGACUAUUUCGCAACGUUACAGGGGAGCUAUUUAAAGUUUUAAAUUUGGAAUAAAUAUCGUAACAAAAAAACUUCUUCAGCUAUUUCAAUGGAGUAAGCUUUAUUGUAACUUUAAUGGGGGGGGGGGGGGGUUAGAAUUUAUCUCAAGAUUGGUCGCACAUUUACGUUGUAGAUGUCCAUCGGCUUCAGUAACCAUUUAACACCAGGUGAACUGUGAGCUUGUUAGCUCGUAUAGUUACAAUAUAAUAUAUUUGUUAUAUGGUUCGUUUUUUUGUAUUAGCAGAUUAGUAUUUAGCAUAACAUUAACCACAAAAAUAAAUGUCGCACAUUAAGUGAAAUGUCGCUUAAACCAAAUAGCGUUUCAUCUCUCGGUAAGUUCUUGAUCACAUGGCAGACUGUCGAGAAUGAAGUAUACAAAAAUAUAUUUUUAAAACGUUCCACUCAUACCUGUGCAUUUCCACAACUAAGGCUUUCAUCUCGUCCCUGACAGUUUUAUCUCGGUCAGCGAGUAGUACAGGUAUUUUCUUGACCAUAGGUUUGAUGGCUAUAACUUUAUUGCCGAACUGUUUGAGGGCAGUAUUCAAAGUCGCGACACAGGCUGCUACCACUUUAGGAUUCUUCUGCUCCAUGCCUUUCAAUAAUUCUUCUUCAACAAUUUCGUGUUUCUCUAUUUCUAUAUACAUUAGGGUUAUCUGCAAAUAUUUUGUUUUGUUUUAGUUAAUGUCGGUAUGAUAUGAAUAUGUAGAUUAACAAAAUACACUGGAAAAGUUAUAAAGUAUAUUAUUAUAAUAAAGUUACAAAGUAGUUAUUAAAAGAUAUAAAUUAUGAAAUGUUAUAAUAUUAUGCAUCCAGAGAGUUUUAAAAAUAAAAACUAUUAUUUUGAAAAUCAAAA